UUUUCAACUGCUUUUUCUUUUGAAAACAUCCAAACAUUUUCAUUUCGAAUUAUGACUACUAAAAUAUAAUUUUUAUUCUUUCCCAAAGAUUUCAAAAACCAAUUUCCAAAAUGUCCUUAUCACCGCUUAAAAGUUAUACCCCCAGAAAACGUGUUUUACCGAAUAUUACAACGCCGGGUCAGUAUUCAACACCGAAAACAGUGAGAGGUGCGCAACCAGCAUUCGGCACCCCGGAAUGUUUUUCAAAAGUUUUACUGGAAACUCCAAAGUCCAGCACAAAAAGGGACAAAGAAAAAUGCGACGAAGAGUGUAAUUUACGAGUGGCUGUAAGAAUUAGACCGAGAAACAUUUCGGAACUUACCAUUGUAGGCUCAGAAGAUAUCAUCCGAGUCAAAGACAAGCAAAUAAUUGUUUGUCUCCCAAAAAAUAAUCAUCAAACCGUUUGUGUGGAUCAUACAUUCAAUUAUGAUUAUGUUUUUUGGUCAGUUGAUGAAACAAACCCAUUUUAUUCGAAACAAGAAGAUGUUUUUGUAACCCUUGGAGUUCCACUGUUAAACAGUGCCUUCAAAGGAUUUAACGCUUGUCUUUUUGCUUACGGCCAAACUGGCUCUGGAAAAAGCUACAGCAUGAUGGGCAAAAAUAUGUGUGAACUCAAUGAUAUUGACUCUGAAGAUUUUUCUGGUAUAAUACCAAGAUUUUGCAGAGAAUUGUUCAAAAGAACUUCAGAUCUUCGGAAAGAGUGUACUGUGAGCAUCGAAGUAAGUUAUUUUGAGAUAUACAAUGAAAAAAUACACGAUUUGUUAGCCAGUCAAACACAAACUGCUCCGCGCAUUGCCUUAAAGGUCCGUGAACAUCCAACUUUGGGGCCUUAUAUUGUAGAUCUAACUACACACACAGUUAAUUCUUAUAACGAGCUAAGAAACUUUUUAAUAGUUGGGAAUAAAAACAGAGCAGUUGCCAGUACGGCAAUGAACGAAUUUUCCUCGAGAUCUCACAGUAUAUUUACAAUAGAAAUUGGCCAAUCAAAAACUUUAAAUGAUACGGAUAAUAGUAAAAGGAGUAAAGUUAGUUUAGUUGAUUUAGCAGGUAGUGAAAGAUUAGGUUCAACGAAUAAUAAAGAAGACAGGAUGAAGCAAGGAGUUUACAUUAACAAGUCUCUUUUGACGCUUGGGAAAUGUAUUUCAGCUUUGGCUGAACAGAAGAAGAAUAAUUUUAUACCUUAUAGGGAGUCUGUUUUAACAUGGCUUUUAAGGGAAAGCCUAGGUGGAAACUCCUUAACAUCAAUGUUAGCAACAAUUUCACCAUCAAGCACUCACCUAGAAGAAACCUUAUCAACUUUAAGAUAUGCAUGCCAAGCUCGUACAAUUGUGAAUAGAGCGAGAAUAAACGAAAGCCCUCAUGAUCGACUGAUAAGAGAACUAAGAUCCGAAGUGGAAAGACUUAGAGCUCUUAGACAAGAUUAUGAGAGACGUAGCAGUUGUUCUCACUCUAUUAGUUUCAACGACAGCAAUAGUAGCAACAUUGAAAUGGAGGACAUCAAAACGAAACUUUCAAUGUCUGAAAACAAAUUAUUAGAAGCCCAGCAAAUGUGGAAACAACGUUUUAUGGAGAGCAGAGAGACUCAAUUGAAAGAAUUGGCUGAAGCUGAAAAAUAUAAGGCAGAGCUUGAGUCAAAAGUUCGACUUUUGAAUAAUGUGAGUGAAGAUGUUUGUUUGUCACCUUAUAGGACAAACUUUUUAGAAGAGCUUGAAGAUGUUUUGACAAGCCAAAAAGAAAAUAAUGUUUGUAAUAGUUGGGUUGAAGACGUCAAAGAGUGGUGCAGUGAAAACGGACUUAUUUGUACCUAUAAUUCAGAAACACUAAAAAUAGUAGACAAUGUUAAUGGAAAACACACCUUGUUGCCUUUGAAAAAUUUAAAACUCCAAGCAAAUAAUAAGAUUAGUGAUUUUUUGGGCACAUUAAAGUGGACUGACAAUCAUUCGGAAAAACGGCUAACAAAAUCGGAAAUGGUGUCUUCACUGAAUCAGAUUUAUCAACUUUUAGACAACCUGAAGCCCGAUGACAAUGAAAAUAAUUUGUGCCUUUUGUAUGCGAAACUGAACAUGACUUUGCAGAAGUUUGAAACUGCUUUGUUAAAUAAUAAUGGAAAAAAUUGUAAAACUGUAACAUUUAAUUUAGAAAGCUAAAAUAAUUGUAUUUUUUAGGUAUUUAUUUUAUUUUUAGUUAGUGUUCACGUCUACUCUGCACAUGUUUUAUAAUUUUUAACUAGUCACUAACUAUUUGGCGGGUAAUAUUUAAUGUGCCAUAGUUCUUUGGGAGUAUUUUUUUUUAAAAAUAUUUUGAUUUUGCAAUUAAGUUUGUAAAGUGGUAAUGAAGAAUUAUUUUUGCUAAAUGGAAAUAGAUUAUUGUUUCAAGAUGAAGAUUUAGUUGUAACUUUGACUGUGGCAGUUCUAGCCCUUGAAGAGUUUUUCUUGCCUAUUAUAUUUUUUUAAUGAAAAUUUAGAAUGAAACCAUACUGCAUCAAGAUUAGGUGUUAACAUUGAAAAUUGUACAUAAAGUUAAUGAAUAAUUAUGUUUUUUCUUUCACAAAGAUCCAUUUUUUGAAUAACAUUGACAAUUACACUGUAUAAUUUCAUAAAU